GAGGAGAAGAGAGACCGCGAGCGAGCAGGGAUUCGACUGCGGAGUAGGGAUCGAGCAAGCGCAGCCGAACGUAGCCGAACAAACGGGAAACACCGUGCGAGCGAGAGAGAGGGCGAACGCGAGUCCGACAGAAACGGCGCUUGAUCGCGCGGGGAGGGAAACGUACGACGGUCGUGUAGCUCGGCUUUACCGCCGCAUUCUCGAGCGUUCGUCUCUUCGUGCGGCAGCCAGACGGACGAGCGCACACGUCCUGUCGCGGGAUUGUUACGGCGCGCAUAUCAGUGUGUAAAUUUCGGUCUUGUGUUUGGUCUGUCGAAGAGAGAGAGAGAGAGAAUACGUAGCCGGAGCGACGACGAUUGUCGUGCUCGGGUGUGCGGUUCGCCUUCGCGCUUGUGCGGUGCUUGUUUGCCGCUCGCUUCCUUUCCGGGUGCGUGCGAGACAGUGCGAGAUACAGGUACAGAUAUAGGCCAUCAUCUUUCCGAUUGUUCCGAAACCCAACGUGUCACGGAGAAACGACGCCGAUUCCCGCCAUUUGUGUAGCCUUCCCUCCGAUCGGCCGGGAGCGAAUCGAAGCGUCGACGUCGUCGGGGCGUCGUCGGGGCGUCGCUUCUCGCGCUUACGUUCUUUCUCGCGGCUCAUGUGCCCGCGAGCCGCCGAGGUGACGGUGUGUUCGCGAGACGGGAGGCAGUUGACGUUAUCGCCGUUGUUAUUUCGAGCAGCCGUCAUUUCUCGGACGAGCAGUGCGGCAGAGGCUCGUGCGUGCGGUCGGCAUCGAUCUUCGCCUCGCGAAGCGGAGUGAUCCGAGGAGAAGAAGAGAAAAAAAAACAGUGUGCGUAUUGUGCGCGGCGAAAAUAUACAGCGCGGGAAAUCGUGCGUAGCGUGAGAGAAGGAGAGAAAGAAAGAGAGAGAGAGAAAGAGGAAGAGAGAGGGAGAGAAAAAUAGAGCAAGGUGCACGGACGACCGCAGUGCGUCUGAGAAGAAAGAUAUCAGACACAGCUCUGUUGCGGCUAACGAGCGAUAAGAGAUAUCGCAACGUGCGCGAAACAAACAGUGGAUGGUGAAGUGAUAAGCGGCCGAGCUACGAGCAGUGGACGACGAUCCCCGAUUAGGGCGUCGCAUCGGAAGAUACAGCUUCUUCCACGUUUCGUCACCAGCACGACGCUUCUACACGGCGGCAAAAUGAUGGUCAACAAGCGGACGCAGUGCUAUCUGUGCGACCUGCCCAGGAUGCCGUGGGCGAUGAUUAUGGACUUUUCGGAGCCGGUGUGUCGCGGCUGCGUGAACUACGAGGGCGCCGACCGCAUCGACAUCGUGCUCGAGUCAGCCAAGCAGAUGAAGAAGGCACAUGGCUUCCAAGACGCGCGGCCCUCCGCCACCAAGACGUAUCGUACCGCUGGCGGUGGUGGCGGCCACACCGAGCACAACGGCGGCGCGAAUCUCGAUGUGCUGCCAAUUCAGAACACCGGCCAGAGCCACUCGUCGCGCCAUCACAACAUCGCCGGCUACUCGCAGCUGCACCACCGUAACUCCAUCACGGAAUUCAAUUCCGGCACGGCGGCCGCAGCCGCCGCAGCCGCCAGGCAGCAGAUCGGCCGGCAGCACGGCGGCGGCGGCGGCGAGGACGGCCACGAGAUGGCGAACGGUAUGAGGGGCAACAACGUGCGUCUGCCCAACGCCCACCUGGCCGCGGUGGCGGCGCAUCACGUGAACCUCAGUCACAAUCGCGGCAUCACGCAGCUUAAGCGCGGUAUCUCGGCCAUCGACGAGGACGAGCACGCCGAAAAGAGGCUCUCCUUGGAAGAACAGCAUCCAGUCAGGCCGCCGUUGACACGCGGUGAUUCACUUCCGGCAGUCAGUCUUGCCGUCAGCUACGUGCAGGACAGGAACAAGGAGAAGCAUCCGGUGAGAGCGCCCAGCUUCGAGACAGCGACCACCUUCAAGGCCAACGGGGCGUAUGUGGGACCGUCUAUACCGUUGGCGCCGGCUAACGUGGCCGCUAAUGGCGGAGGAUCGCCCCUUCGCCCAAGAACGAGCCCUCCGCCACCGCCGCCGCCGACCCAGGAGAGCGCCAACGAAAAUUCACAGUCGAAUCAUCAUCAGGGCUCGGCGAACGGCCCGUCACCGAUGGCCGCUCUAAUGUCAGUCGCUGACAAUCUGACGUCGCCGGAACCCGUGCCACAGCCGCCGAACAAUCCCAGCCCGACCAGCAGAAGUCCGCCGACCACGGCUGCGAAUGCUCAGCAGCGCAGCGCUUCUAGAGGCUCUCAGCACAGCCCGAAUAGUUCAGGUUCGUCGGGCAGACGGUCCAGCAGUUCGAGGCAAGUUUCAUCCACGACUGUCACAACGUCGUCCGAAGGCGCGGUCGCCCAGGCCGCCGGCGCUGAACCAGUCUCGGCGCCAACUCUGAAGUGCACGCUCUGCCAGGAGCGCCUCGAGGACACGCACUUCGUUCAGUGCCCCAGCGUGCCCCAUCACAAGUUCUGCUUCCCGUGCAGCCGUGAGAGCAUAAAGAGACAGGGCGCCGGCUCGGAGGUUUACUGUCCGAGCGGCGAGAAAUGUCCGCUGGCGAACAGCCAGGUGCCCUGGGCCUUCAUGCAGGGUGAGAUCGCUACCAUUCUGGGCGAGGACGCCACCGGCACCGGGCUGAAGGUUAAGAAGGAGCGGGAAACUUAAAGGAGUCUCCCGCAAAGUCGAUUCAGGGCUCAAAUUUUGUCCCCCUUUACGCUCAGAGGGGCUGUUAUAAAAUGGUUGGAACCGUGAAGGGUUUCGCCGAAACGCUUUUGGUAACGGUGAUAAGGACACGUUGGCGAUACGCGGGAGAGCCAACGAACGACUCGAGCCAAAGACGUUGUCUGGUGCGACACGGAUUUCUCACAAAGUUGUCGAUGUCGUCGAUUAAGGGGAAAAAGGGGGGGGGGAUAUUUUUGGGAGGGAAAGUGGACGAUUUGGUUUUGUUCGAAGCCGGCGGCUGACGACGCGUUUUUCGACGAAAUUGAUCGACGAUCGUAACGGUAUUCCAUCAUUUGCGAGGGGUUCUGAGAAGAAGUCUUUGGCAAAUUUGCACGCUGGUGGUCGGUUGUAUUCUGCUGCACACAUGUAAAUACGAAUUUUCGUAGCGAGCGGAUUAAUUAACGCGACGGAAGCAGCGCAAUUAUUUCUUUUCGUGGAUUUGAGCGAGAACACGCGAGUACUCGGCGCGUAUUUCAGGUCGCGUUAGCUGACGAUGACGACGAUGAUUUGUUGCCCGGUUUGGGUUUGUACUUAGGCUCGAUACGCCUUUUCUUCAUUGUCUCUUGUAUCGCGGGCGUGUAAUCGCUCGCGGUUUUUUCAUAUACACGCAACAGGCAUACUACACACGUACACACACACACACACAUACACACACACGCGCGCAACACAUAAAACACUACACGCUCACACUUCGGAACGGAAAACGUUGACUUGGUGCCGCGACAUUAGCACGCGGUCGUAUUGCACCUUACUUUUUGUUUCACGUUCGAGGAUGCUCGUGAGUUUAAUUAAUGAUUAACGCGAAAGACGGCAUCGCCACCGCGGCGAUUUCGCCGCCCUCUUUUUCUAUCCUUUCGUUUGUAUACUCUUUCUACCUAUGCCACUUCGCUCGUUGUACUAUAUAAUAAACAUACUACGACGGACAUUCGGACCCAGCGCCACGGGUUUUCUGUACAUUGUGUAUAUGUGUACAUACCUACAUUAUUAAUAAAAGCGUAUGACUAAAAGAAUUUUUAACGAUUUUUAAGUGUAUA